AUGGCUUCUUCUAGUAAAAGUGCAGAAAAUCUGAACAAACAUGAAAAAAGAUGCACCUGUUGUGGAAAACUCAGAGUCAUUGAAAACUUUAUUCGGCAGGUCGGAGAUUGUUUAAAUGAAAAUGCUACAUAUAAUGCUUGUGCAGAUCAAAAAAAAGGAAAAUCAGUAAAUAUUGUAAGUGAAGAAACUACAUAUUCAGAAAUUUUAAACCUAGCUGAUGUUGAUGAUAAUAUUUCAGAAGAAAGAAUUCUCAUACAUUUUUCUGGAAUUUUUAGAUUAGAGAGCGAAUUAGUUAGUGAUAUAUUAAGUAAUAAUCAAGAAGAAAAUAAUAUUGAAAAUGAUUCUUUUUAUACUACUUACCAAAAACUAAAAUGGCCUUUAAUAACAGAAACAAUGGCCUGUCUAGAAGCUUUGCAGGCUAGACAUCAACAAAAAACUUGGAACCCUUCUCAUAAAUCAAAGCUUGCUUUUUGGUUACAAUAA